AUGAGUGCGUGUCAUAUUUUGCUUGGUAGACCAUGGCAAUUUGAUAGAAAAGCUAUUCAUGAUGGUGUUUCUAAUGUCUAUACGGUCACUACCAAAUUAGGAAAGAAGAUUAGGUUGUUACCUUUGCCCCCUAAGGUUGAACCUAUGGUGGAAAAGAAACAAAACUUCCUUAUGUCUAGGAAGGAGUUUGAGGAAGAAUGCGUGAUAGAGGGAGGAGCGUUUUUGCUUAUUGUAAAGCCCAUUGUUGAUGAUGUUUCUCAUGUGACUAACUCUAUUCCGUUGAGAAACUUGCUUAAAGAAUUUGUAGAUGUGUUUCCCGAUGAUUUGCCUAAAGGGUUGCCUCCAUUUCGUGGUAUUGAACAUGCAAUUGAUUUGGUACCGGGAGCCUCAUUACCAAACAAGGCAGCCUAUAGAUGCAAUCCUGAGCAAGCUAAGGAGUUGCAAAGACAAGUUGAAGAACUCAUGGAAAAGGGCUAUGUGCGUGAAAGCCUUAGUCCAUGUGCGAUUUCCCAUGCCAAGACUACAAGACAUGCUUGA